AAAAAAAAAAAAAAGAUGCUAGCCAUUCUGUCUUGAAAUUUUUAAUCAUUUUUGAACAAGGGAUUUCACUCUUUUAUUUGCAUUGGGCCCUGAGAAGUGUGUAGCCGGUUCUACUGGGAGGGCACACAGCUUCAUCCUUGCAGGGUGUUCUGUGAACUCACAAUCAUGGUCACAAGAGAGAGGGUCUGACCAGGCCCGGGCUUAGCAGCCUGGUGGGAGGGAUGGAGGUUGUUACUGUCUGGGCCUAAAGGCAGCUCCUGGCCGGCCAGAGCGAAGCACUUGGAGCGGUGAAUAGGCGGGCAGGGGAGACCCUCCCAGCUUGCGCGGGUCUCUUUACUGCCUCGUUUUUGGAUCUGCGUUCCUGCCCGUGUGUCCCCGUCACAUGAGAUCUGCGAUCGCUUCCUGGGGUCUGCUUUGGGAAGGGAAGCCCAGCUGCAGGCACCCGCUCCGUGAUCAGGCUGCCUGCUCCCUGUCUGCACACUGUCCGUGGAAGGCAGAUUUAUCAAGUGAUUAACUAAGGAAACAUUUGUCUUGGGUCCUUGGGGGACUUUGCUCUCACGCUUGAUGACUUUGGCGGGAGGAAGACCUUUGGAUCAAGCUCUCCCACGUGCCCGAGAAAACAGACAUGACAGGCUGGUGGCCCGGGUCUGGCCAUCUCAGAACCCUGGGCUCCCUCCUUUGAGGCAGGGCACGGACACAUUCCGCUCAAGCCUCUUCUUCUCGACGAGGGUCCUGGAAGGGUGGGCCACUGAUGGGCUGGGUCUCCUGGGCUGCAUCUUCUCCACAUCCAGAGCCAGGCGAGACCUGCACAGUCCUGCUGCCCCUCGGAACCUGUCCAGCUUUUUAUAACUAUGAUGCUCGGGGAGUGGAUGAACUUUCUUUACAAAUAGGAGACGCCGUGCACAUCCUGGAGACAUACGAAGGGUGGUACAGAGGUUACACCUUAAGAAAAAAGUCCAAGAAGGGUAUAUUUCCUGCUUCGUACAUCCAUCUUAAAGAAGCCAUAGUUGAAGGAAAAGGGCAACAUGAAACGGUCAUCCCAGGCGACCUCCCCCUCAUACAGGAGGUCACCACGACCCUGCGAGAGUGGUCUACCAUCUGGAGGCAGCUCUACGUGCAAGAUAACAGGGAGAUGUUCCGAAGCGUUCGACACAUGAUCUAUGACCUUAUCGAGUGGCGGUCGCAGAUUCUUUCUGGAACUCUGCCGCAGGAUGAGCUCAAGGAAUUGAAGAAGAAGGUCACUGCCAAAAUUGAUUAUGGAAACAGAAUCCUUGAUUUGGACUUGGUAGUGAGAGAUGAAGAUGGGAACAUUCUGGAUCCAGAACUAACUAGCACGAUUAGUCUUUUCAGAGCUCAUGAAGUAGCUUCCAAACAAGUGGAGGAAAGAUUGCAAGAAGAAAAAUCUCAGAAGCAGAACAUAGACAUUAACAGACAAGCCAAGUUUGCCGCCACGCCUUCCCUGGCCUUGUUUGUCAACCUCAAGAACGUGGUCUGUAAAAUAGGAGAAGAUGCCGAGGUGCUCAUGUCUCUGUACGACCCUGUGGAGUCCAAGUUCAUCAGUGAAAACUACCUGGUUCGCUGGUCAAGUUCAGGAUUGCCUAAAGACAUAGACAGAUUACAUAAUUUGAGAGCUGUUUUCACUGACCUGGGAAGCAAAGAUCUGAAAAGGGAGAAGAUCAGUUUUGUGUGCCAGAUCGUCCGCGUGGGCCGCAUGGAGCUGAGGGACAAUAACACGCGGAAGCUGACCUCGGGCCUGCGACGGCCUUUCGGGGUGGCCG